AGCGCGGCGGCGGUUGUUGCCGGUAACGGUUGCGGAGGACGGGAGCGGCUGAGCCCUCACAGAAUCCACCCAAUCUGGUGAAAAUCAUGGAUACAAUGGGAGCAGACAGGUAUGAAUGGACCACUCUGGAUGCUGAGAAGCCACCGGCUGCAGCGCAGUACCCCCAGCAUGGAGGCAGUGAGCAGCGGGCACACCCCUACCACGAUCCCUAUGUCGAUGCCUCCCUCACUAUGGGAACACAGCCAGGCUUUCUUCGAUGUUCCAAGGAGCAGAGAGGAGCCAGGAGGCUGGUCAUGAAAAGGAAGGUGCUGAGGCACAGACCCGAUGGGGGAGUGGAGGUGUCUGACGAGUCGGUGCCCAGUGAGCCUGAGAGCGAUCCCGAGGUUUGGAGCCCCAGGCAGGAAUUGUCUGAGCCAAAUGACAGCAUCUCUGAGGGGGAGAUUGAGACCAGCAGCAGCUCCCACGAUGGAUCUCUGUGCCAGUGGCUCCCUCUGGACAGCUCUCCCUUUCUCCUUGGGGAUUUCAGGAGCAGGAGCUCUCCUGUUUCUCAGUACACAGCGGGACAACCCAAAUCCUUCAUCCCACCACGGCUCGAGCCGCUGGGACGGAACAGGGGCAAAACCGACCGAGUGGCCAAAUACCUUGAGUAUAAAAGAGAAUGGGAGAAGUUCCGGAUCCCAGGAGAGGAUCAACGGCAGGAACUGCGCUGGAGCAUCCGGGAGCAGAUGCUCUGCAAGGCCGAGCUUCCCGAGAAGCCACCACAACACCUCUAUGUCCCCAACACCUACACAGUGCCCACUGAGAAGAAGAGAGCUGCCCUGCGCUGGGAAGUACGCUGGGACCUGGCCAAUGGCCUCAUUCCCAGGAAAGCCACCUCCACCUAGGCCCUCUCCAUACGGAUACCUCUGAGCCUUGAUCAUUUGGGAAAUCUCCCUUUUUUUAAUGCCUUUCUAGAGGGUUAAAUCCUGGUAUUAAAACUUCACCUGGUGCAGAGGGAAAAGCUUCCUCACGAGUUCAGGUUCGGGGCAUUAGGAAUCAGGAUGUAAGGAUCUUUGGGAUUUGAGUGCUCCUGGAUUCUCAUGUGAGGUUUUAUUUCUGGCAACAUCUUUAAUAAAGUGUGUGGAAAGAUU